AUGGAGCACUGGGGGAAAUUGAAGCGUCGCACGAACGAGAUCCUGUCAUCGGCGCACAAGAACAUGCCGAACAUGCCAAACAUGCCUAGUCUCCCCACGCCGGCGAUGCCAAAGUUGAAGUCCGGGUCAUCCAUGAAGGGCACCUGGCAACAUGUCCCACUCCCGCCACUUCCUCGCUCAUCCCACUCCCUCAAUGUCGUUGCCGGGUCCGCCUACAUCUUCGGCGGCGAGGUCGAGCCUCGCAAACCCGUCGAUAACGACAUGCACAUCAUCACUCUACCCUUUAGCGGAGCCCCAGCCGACUACUACAAUGUGCCCGCAAAACCAUCGACGAAGACACAGCUUGUAGAGACAAUCGAGCCAAUCGCCGAAGAGCUCGAAGUCACAGAACCUAACGAGCCACUGGAAGAGGUCUCGCUCUCGUCCCCCGCAGCCCGUGAAGCCGAAGCCCCCUUCAAGCCUGAGGCUAGCUCAUCCGACAAGGGCAAAACCACCGUCGAAGUGCCCAGUCCGCGGGUCGGUCACGCCACCGCCGUAAUCGGAAGUCGCAUCUUCCUCUUCGGCGGCCGCAGCGCCGCCUCCGAGACGCUCGACGAAGGUGGCCGAGUCUGGGUCUUCGAGACCAAGACGCACACCUGGUCGUACCUCGACCCAGCUCCCUCCAGCCACGUUCCGCCCGCGCGCUCGUUUUUCUCGGCCGUCGCGACCGAAAAACCGCGCGACUUCGCCAGCAAGUCCGCCCGACGCAACGAGACGUGGAAGGAGUGGGCUGAGGGCGACUCCGCCGAGAUGGGCAUCCCGCAGCGCCCAAUUGCCGGGAGCGUGGCGGCGUCCGCUACGGACGAGGAGGAUGCCGGGUAUGGCACGUUCAUCAUACACGGUGGGGGCUUGCGCGACGGUAGCCAAGCGCGCGAUGUUUGGGCGUUUGAUGUGCGGAGUCACAUUUGGAAGGAGUUGCCACCUGCGCCGGGUGUAGGAAGGGUUGGGAUGGCUCUCGCGAUUGCCAAAAGCAGGUUGUAUCGAUUUGGCGGUUUCGAUGGCGAGGGAGAGCUGGGGGGCCAAUUGGAUGUGCUCGAGUUGACUGUGGACGAGUUUGAUGACAAUUUGUCCAAGGGCGAGGUCGGCGUCUUCGCCAGAGGGGACUGGAUCAGUCUCAUCCCGGCAUCCCAGGAAGGCGAGGCUGGCAAGCUGGUUGCGGACGAAUGGCCUGGCAACCGAUCCGUCGGGGGCAUGGAGCUCGUCAUGGGCGGCGGAAGACGGGAAUACCUCGUCCUCUUGCUUGGUGAGAAAUCGCCUAGUGGUGCCGUUCAUGAAGCAGCUGGCCAGUUCUGGGGCGAUGUCUGGGCAUUCCAAGUCCCACCAUUGGGCAUGAGCACUGCAAGCGUCAAGGAUGCUGUGUGGCAGGUGAUGGGCAGGAAAACUGGCGAAGGUAAAUGGACAAAGAUCACUCCUGCGCCCUUCGAUGAAGAAGAGGACAUGGAUAUUGAAGGCCUGGCGAAAGGGGAAAAUGGGAUUUUCCUGUUCGGUGGCGUUAAUGAGAAGAAUCGCAGACAGGGCGACGGCUUCAUUUUCAGACUUGGUUGA